AUGGCUCGGGGGGCCCAGUCGGCCCAGCAAACCCGAGCGCAAGAGGGCGAGAAUGACGCCGGUCAGAGUGGCGCAGUGGUGGCCACUUGGGCGGACGCCGAGGAGGAGGCCGGCCGGGGCGGUGCGGAGAACACCGCCCGGCCGGAUGCCGAAGUCGAGCCCGGCCAAGGCGCCACAGAUAACGUCGCCCGGCCGGAUGCCGGGGAUGAAGCCGGCCAAGGCAGCGCGAGUGAUGCCGCCCAGCCGGAAGCAGGAGGUGGAGGAAGUGGUGGGGAUGCGCAGGAGCGUCCCACCAGCCGAGAAGAGGGAGGGAUCCUCGCCCCCGGGCCCCCAAGGGCUGGGGUUGAGGGUGCCACGGCAGUGGCGACGGUGCUAACGGUGCCAGUGGCGGGAGAGACCCUCGUCCCAGAGCUCGCGAGGGCCGGGGACGAGGGUGCCGCUGCGGCAGCGACGGCGCAGAUGGCACCGGAAAACGUGGCACCGGUGGUGGAGCUGCCGCUGAGCGAGGAGUAUGGGGAGUCGGAGGAUAUCGACCCGGCCGCCGCGGCUAGCGCCGCCGCCCGGAUCGCCGAGUUCGUCUCGGCUUCCGAGGGUGUCUUCGGCGCGGGGACGUCUGAGGGGCCCGGUCAUGGGGCCGACUAUGUGAUUGUUCAGUCCAGGGUCCCCUCGGAUUUUGCCCACGCCGAGCGGGAAGAAGAGCAACAGCUGUCGCGGCUGUACGCCAGGGUGCACUGGCUCGAUCGAUACAACGCCACCCUGGUCACGCAGCUGAAUGAGGCCAACGCUCGGUCCGACCAGGCGACACCCUUGGAGGCGCGGAUCCGCGGGCUGGAACGCGAGCUGGCCCGAGCCAACAGCGAGCGCGACGCGCAGCGAGCCGCGGCUGACCAGAAGGCCCAGGAGGCCGAGGCGCAUGAGGCCGAGCUGCGGCGAGCUAGAGCGGGCGCGGAGGCCGAGCUCCAGCGCAAGGAGGUUGAGCUCCAGCGCGAGAAAGCGACCGUCACCAGGCUCGCCGUCACUCUCACGGAGAAGGACGUCGCCCUUGAGGCAUGGGAGGUAGCUGUCCAGGAAGCAGAGACCGCCCUCAAGGAUAAGGAUGCCUCCUUGUCCGCGUCCCAAGAGCGGGCGGACGCCGCGCAGGCUGAGCUGGAGGAGGCGCAGGGGUGUAUCAAAGAGCUAAGGAAGGUGGUGGCGGACGAGACCGCAGCGAAGGAAGCCGUCCAGAUCGUGCUCACAGUGACGCAGGGUGAACACACAGACCUGGAGCAGACCGCCGUGGCCGUGUGCCAGGAACUCGAGGGGGAGGGAGCCUCAUCCGGUAGCUCGGUGGCCAACCGCCUGCGAUCGCUGGGCGGUCGGGUGGCUGAGCAUAUCAGAAGCGCCUUCCGCCUCGGCGUUCAGAGGACCCUCGGCGUGGCCUCGACGCACUACAACAUGGACCUCAUGCGGGUAUCGUCGGGGUACGUUUUUGCGCCCGGCGUCGAGGGGGAUGCCGCAGCGGCUGCUAUGGAUGAGGCCGAUGCCCCCGUCGAGAGUUUCGCCGCCGCCUUGUCCAAGAAUCUUGAGGACGACAUCCUCCCCCUAGCCGAAGACGACGCUGCUGAGGAUCCUCUGGGCCAUGGAGCCCAUAUAGGCCUUAGCGAGGAAGUUUUGCGUUCAAAAGCGACUUAG